UCUCCUCCUCCACUUCCUGCAGUAGCAGUGUUGUGCUGCUGGCGGAUUGUAAACAUGGCCACUGCCGGAGCAGCUGGAGACGACCUGAGGAAGGAGCUCACAUGUGCAAUUUGUUUGGACUUCUUCAAAGACCCCGUUAUACUGAAAUGCGGGCACAAUUUCUGUCGGUUUUGCAUCUGCAUGCACUGGGAUGAAAAUGGCGGAGACUACGGGUACCAGUGCCCUCAAUGCCGAACGGUGUUCAACAAGAGGAGCUUCACCAAAAACUACCUGGUGCAGAACCUGGUGGCCAAACUGGACGAUCUGGAGUGUCUGGGGUCUUGUCCUACACCCUCCAAGCCCGUUAAAGUAGAUGGAAAGUGUGAACAACACGGAGAAGAACUGAAACUGUACUGCCAGACUGAUAAGAGGCCUAUCUGUGUAGUAUGCAGGGAAUCCAGAGCACACAGACACCAUGAGGUGGCACCAGUGCCAGAAGUUGUAAAUGAUAUGAAGAUGGAGUUGAAGCUGAGGCUCAUGGAGCUCAACUGGCAGAAGUCUCAGUGUGUAAAAGUUAUAACAGCUGACGAGCGAACCAAAAGUGAAGUGAGGUUGAAGAAACAGAGACUCAAGGAGAAGAUUGAGGCAGACGUAGGUGCCUUGGUCCAGUUCCUGCUGGACGAGAGAGACUCCCUGCUUGAGAGCCUGGAUGCCGAGGAAGUGGCCACCAUGGCCGUCAUAGACGACAACUUGAAGACUGUGGAGACGGAGGCGGCAGCCGUGGACAAAGCUAUAGCUGAUAUCCACAGCCACCUCAGUGGGAAAACUAGCUUUGAGAGCCUUGCUGAGAGAUUCAAUGAAAUCAUCCAUUGCAAGCCUUUCACAUCUCUGGAUCCAGUUAAUUGUCCAACUGAAUUCACAGACUUCUCAGGGCCCUUCCAGCUUAUCAUGUGGAAGAAGAUGAUGCACGUGCUGCAUACCAUGCCUCAAAACCUCACCUUAGACCCAGACACCGCUCACCCAAACCUGCUUAUCUCAGACUUUGACACCAAAGUGGAGGAGGGCCGUGUUCGUAACCAGGAGCCCGACCUGCCAGCCCGCUUCACCCGGUUCUGCGGUGUCCUUGCCAUAGCCCAGUACGCCAGUGGCCAGCACUACUGGGAGGUGGAUGUCAGGGACAAAGGUGUGUGGUACCUGGGAGUCACCACUGAGUGCAGCAACAGGAAGGGCUUCGUCAGCCUCACUCCCUCCGCAGGAUAUUGGAGCCUGUGUCUGCAGGACCGGCUGUAUGCCAACGGGGAAGACGGGCGCAUCCCUGUUGCUGACUACUGGAACUCUCCUCGGGUCGGCGUGUACCUAGACUAUGACAACGGGCGUCUCAGUUUCUAUGAUGCCGUCACAAUGAAGAGACUUUAUAUGUUUGACACCUGCUUUGAAGAGCCUGUCUACCCUUUCUUCAGCCCAGGGAAAAACGAUCCAGGCAGCAGGCUUCAGAUAUGCCACUAUUACUGAGAGAGCUGCGAGAGAGUUUUUAUUUAUCUAAGAGUCAACUCAUGUAUGCCAGUCUUUUCAGAUUUGCUUUGAGCAAGGUUUACUCUCAUAGACCAUGCUGGAGCUACAGGGGGGUGCUGACCAUUGGACCCUUGGUAUCGUAUGCAUUUGAGCUGUUACUUGCCGGUCUUACAGGUGUUAGAAAAAAACGAUUGCACUGAAAAUGAUUACCAGGUAUCUUAUCACACUUUGGUUGUAAUGAAGAGCUUCAUUUCUCUCAUACUUUGAGGUUGAAAAUUUUGAAAUUUGGUAUUUUUCAAAGUAGACACAAACUGUAGGCUUAUACCCCCUAACUACUGUGGCUGGGGGUGAGGAGAGGUGCUUUGCUGUCUAUAUCACUGUGUCUGUUGGGAUACAGAUGCCUCAGAUGCUCUUGUUGAUUUAGAGCAUAUACAUCCUAUUAGCAACUGCUAUGCUAUGCUACUGUACAUAAACUCACAUUGGCUAGGUUUUCGCCAGGCAGGGGCCAGUGCUCUUGACUUGUUGGGUAGAUCUUAAAAGAAAUAUGGCAUAGUUAUCACAUUGAUAGUUGUCGACAGUUAAGAUUCCCUGAUUAAAUCUAGACUGAAGAACAGUCGGUCAGUCAGUAAUGAUAGUUAUCAGAAUAAUUUGACUCAAAUUGGCCACCUCGUACUGGGAUUUCAGCUCUUAGAUAAUGAUUAGAUUUCCAAGAACUAAAGGCUCAGGUUGUUUGUUUUGUAUAUGUUAAGGAUAAGUACAGAUAAUUUUAUCAUCAGCCUUUUAAAAUCAUCUGUCAUGUAUCUUUUUUUUGUUUUUUGUUUUUUUUUUUUAAUUAUUCUGUACAUUGUUGACUUUCCGGGACUGUUGCAAAUUCCUCUCUAUAUUGCUCUGAGUCACAUUUUGCAGCUUAUUUUUGUGAGCAGUGAUACUGAUGACGCAUUUAGCUUUGUUAGAGAUAUUUUAAGAUAGUUUGCCUGAAAAUGAGCAAGCGUAAGACAAAACAAACAAUUUCAGAUAUUCUAACGGCGAUUCUGCCAUGCCCCCAAGUAUGUCAGCGGGUAAACCUGUAGACGUGUUUUACUGUAAAAGACAUUCCGUUACUGUCAGGAUUCACAGCCAAGAGCCUGGUGGACUCGACUAAAAUGAAAACCUAUAGAACGCUGAAUGAAAUUUUUAUUACGUGUUCAUGUUUUUUCCCUUCCCUCAUUAUUUUUUGUCAGUUGAUGCAGUUUUAUCAAUUUUUGAAUGUAAAAAUACAUGUAUCUGGACAAUAUAUAUUAUACUUUUUUUUUUUUUUCUUCCUUCAUAAAGUUAUGAGUUAAACAACUUCCUAUUUGACAUGAUAAUCUGUAUGGAUUUUUAUUUUUGUUUGUGCAAAAGACGAUGCUUUGUGUUAUGGACCUAGAAGUGGAAAGUUUGCCAUUUUACAGGGUUGUACAGUGAGUUGUUUUUGUCUUGUUUUAUUUUAUUUUUUUUCUUUUUCAAAUGAUCUUAUUGAGGAGCAUAGUAGAAACAUUUAAAAACAUGAUUAGUGAUAAUAUUUGAGAUUUUUUAUUUUUAUUUUUAUUUUUUCCCCCAGAUGUCUAAGAAGGAUUGCAAAAUUCUGUGCUCUUAAAUUAGAUUAUUUGCUGAUAAAUGUUUCGUCUAAGAUGGUGUACCUCAUUUAAUACUUAUACAUACAUUCCAUUGCUUAAUUUCAUUAAUGUAUUCAGCCUAGCAGUUUUUGGGCUGACGACAAAUGUGACAUAAAGAAAUAAUCUUGGUAUCCCCUGUUUGUGGCCCUUUCACCCGCUAUUAAUGUGCUCAGUGUUUCUCAGAGUUUACAAUGAGAUUAAAAGAGGUAAAAAGA